AUGUCUCAGGAUCAUAGAAAACUUGACUCUAAUCUAAUAUGUGACAAUAUCAAGUCUCUAAUCAACAGUGAUGCCUCACUAAAAGUGAAACAUAUCAUCGCUCAUAUUCGAGAGACAUUUAACUACACAAUCUCUUACAAAAAGGCAUGGAUUUCAAAGAAUAAGGCAAUCACUGCUAUUUAUGGAAACUGGGAGACUUUGUACAACAACCUUCCGCAAUGGUUGUUGGUCAUGAAAACAUUUCUACUAGGUACUAUAAUAGAACUCGAGACCCUUCCUGUAUUUUCAAACGAAUGGACUCAAAUUAGUGGUGCUAGAGUUUUUCACCAUCUUUUUUGGGCUUUCCAACCAUGCAUCAAGGGUUUUGCAUUCUACAAACCGGUGGUUCAGGUAGAUGGCAGAUGGUUAUAUGGAAAGUACAAGGGAACUUUGUUAAUGGAUGUGGCACAAGAAGGAAAUAGGAACAUAUUUCCAAUAGUUUUUGCAUUGGUAGAGGGUGAAACUGGAGAGGCAUGGAGUUUUUUCUUGAGAAAUCUUAGAAUACAUGUUACACCACAACCCAACCUAUGUUUGAUAUCAGAUCGACAUGACUCAAUAAAGAAUGCCUAUAAUAACCCGGAUGAUGGUUGGUAA